AGCCACCUCUUUGUUGUUUUGGCUUGGCGUUUAUCUCCGCGUUUCCAGCGAUUUACCGAAUCGAUUACAGUCUCUGUAGAGGAAAAAUAAGGGGAGUUUAGCACCUUCGUUUCCCGCACAGUCAUCUAGUGUUAGCUAGCCGACAGCUAACGAGGAUGUUGCUAGCAAUUUGCAUGACAACAGCGAAAACUAAUAUUAGCUUUCUUCAGCCAAUCAAGUUCAGAGGACGAUGUGUAGGAAGUGAGCAACUGCAAUGGAGGGGAAAGGACCGUACCGCAUCUAUGAUCCGGGUGGGAGUGAGGUCAAGGCCAGGGAUGAGGCUGGAGGAGGGAGCAGCUAUCGGCAGCUGCUGGAGGAGAACAGCAUGCUGAGAGAACGGAUGAAGGGACUUAAGAGCUUAGGUGAUUUGCUGGAAGAGUCUCAGUCAGAGGCGUCGAGGCUUCGACAGCGAGUGGAGGAACUUGUGAGAGACAACGAAGCCCUGAAAUCGUCCAGCUUCGCAGCCAGUUUGUGUAUGGGAGGGCCCAUUCAAACUGAGACACAAAGUAAUAAACCCUGUUUACAUACCACAGCUGAGCAGAAGGAGGAGCAAUCGAGCUGUUUAGGAAAGACUCUUCAGCCAGAGAAGCCCAAUGAUGCCAUUUCAGAGUUUGAGGUGGUGAAUAUGGAGGGAAAGACUUCAGAGGCAUUGACAGCCGGGUCAGCAGUAGGAGUAAUUCCCCUCCUUCCUCAGGAGAACAUCGAGCUAGCAAGCCAGCUGAAGAGGCUUGAGAGCUCAUUCAGCAUAUUUGCUGAGGAGUCCAACCCAAACCAGCUGUUAGCGCACCUUGGCCGCAUGGCUGUGGAGUUUCAUCAUCUUUCUUCGAAAGUCCAAAAGAAUGAACAGAGGACCUCCCUCCUACAGACUCUCUGCGAGCAGCUCAGACAAGAGAACAAUGAGCUUCGAAAGAAAAUGGAAGAGGAUCAUCAUAUCAGGAAUCGAGACUUGGAACAGCUGAGACAGGAAAAUCAGAAACUUAAGGAGUUGGUCACAGGAGCGGCAGCAGCAGCGGCAGCAUCUGCGUUGCCACCUGACGCUGAAACUCCAGAGGCCAAAGAGGAGCCGGUGAAGGAGGAAUCUGCGGCUGUCCGACCCAAAAUGGAGGCCACCACACCGCAGAAGAGUGGAAAAGCUGCAGAGAAAACCCCAACUAAACCUUGUGAUGUCGAGGUGUAUGAAAAGAAGAUCAAGCUUUUGGAGAAGCAGAGAAAGGAUGUGCUGGAGGUGAACAAGCAGUGGGACAUUCAGUGGAACGCCAUGAAGUCACAGUUUGAGCAGAAGAUCACAGACCUCAGACAACGGCUAGCAGAGUCACAGAAAACUGUGCUUGAGCUGGAGGCUGAGCGGGAGCAGAGGCAACGUGACUAUGACAAGAAGCUGCUGCUGGCCAAGUCCAAGAUUGAAAAUGUCCAGGGGGAGAAGGAGUGUUUAAACACUGAGACGGCCGAGCUGAAGCAGAAGAUCCGCUACUUGCAGGAUCAGCUGGUGCCCCUCAGCAAACAGAGAGAGUACCAAGAGAAGGAGAUCCAACGCCUCAACCGAGCUUUAGAAGAAGCCUUAAACCUACACUCACCUUCAUCCUCCCAACAACCUCCUGGCCAGGGCAACUUUGCAGAUGCGGCCAACAACUUUAAGAAACAGGAGCUGCUCACUCAAAUUGCUGUACUUAAAGAACAGGUAAAAAUCUUUGAGGAGGACUUCAGAAAAGAAAGGAGCGACAGGGAGCGAAUGAAUGAAGAGAAAGAGGACUUGAGGCGGCAAGUUGAAAGACUUCAGGGUCAGAUUACUAAUUUGACCAAUCAGCUUCAUCAGGCGCAGAACGAGUGUCAGAGAGAGCGUACAGAGAGAUGUAAGCUGGAGAGACUGCAGAUGCAGCAUCACAAACAGGGGCAGCAGCAGGAAAGACGUACCUCAGACCCCACGUCAGACUCAGUGAACGGCCCGCUGAGCCCUCCCUACUGUGGUCCCUUUGUGCAGGUGGGACCGCAGGGCCUUGAAGGUUGGCCCAUACACUUCCCUCCCCGGAUGCCCAAUGCAGCAGGUGCCGCAGCCGCAGCCGCCGCAGCACCACCCCCUGUACGAGACUUCCAACCCGUUACCCCGGGUUUUCCUUGGCAGUUGUCAUUCAAUCAACCUGAGAGGGGGUUGAGAGGGGCCAGAGCAGUAGGAGAAAGUUCACGACCACCACCAGAGAAUGCAGAUCAGUCAGCGGCGGCAGCAGCAGCAGCAGCGACAGGAGCACCUGGAACAGGAUUUGGAAAAAGGGAGCGACAGAACAUUGACCCUGGAAAGCACUAAAGCAUCACCGUACCCACUUAAAAGGAGCCUGGGUAGUAGCAUGAAAUCAGUUUGUUUUUGAGUUGACAAGGUGUGAUUUGAUCUAUAAUUUUCCUACUGAACUGUAGAUAUCCUAUUGUAAUGUUGUUUAUACUUGCGUUUUAUAAGGCUAUUUGUGACGCUAUUCUGAAUAUACACAUGAAAUAUUGUUUAAUUUUUUUUUUUUUUUUUUUUUUUUAAAUCGGCAACUUUAAGUCAUUUGUUAAAUAGGUUGGAGUAAUUAACAUAGAUUUUUUUGUUUUGUUUUCCAGACAAUAUACCUAUGUGAUUGUCUAUCUGCAAGUAUGUAACAAGUAGUUUGUUACUUGUAGGGUCACAGGAAGCCAUUCCCCAGUAAGACUAAGACUACAUAUACUCAUUCCAGCCAUGAAUGAUUAUAUAGGUACACUGAAUCAUAGAGCUUACAAUGUGAAUGUUAAUUGAUUUGAGGGUUUUCAGUACCAUCGAUGUUAUAGAACUGUCCCAUAACUGUGUAACUGUUCAAAAGUUGUUGAAAUACAAAAAUUUUGGGAAAUGAAUUUUGAUGGUAUCAUACCAAAAAAAACAAAA